AUGGAUUCCACUGGAAUUCGAACUCGGCUCUCCGAUUCAUCUAUCUAUCUAUCUAUCUAUCUAUCUAUCUAUCUAUCUAUGUAUUAUCUUAGUCGUGUGUUAUCAAGCCUACUUGAGUUUGUCAACACUCCCAUCAGCAAUCCCGUAACAGCAGUUCCGUGGAGCCUGCUCUUCCGUCUCGUCUCAAAUCGUGUCGUUCCUCUACUGCCGAGGCUAAACUGGGGUUUCUAUCUAUCUAUCUAUCUAUCUGAGUCUGUUCAUAUCUAUCUAUCUAUCUAUCUAUCUAUCUAUCUAUCUAUCUAUCUGAGUCUGUUCAUAUCUAUCUAUCUAUCUAUCUAUCUAUCUAUCUAUCUAUCUCUGUACAUAACUAUUUAUCUGAGUCUGUUCAUAUCUAUCUAUCUAUCUAUCUAUCUAUCUAUCUAUCUAUCUAUCUAUCUAUCUGAUCUGUUCAUAUCUAUCUAUCUCUCUAUCUAUCUAUCUCUCUAUCUAUCUAUCUAUCUGAGUCUGUACAUAACUAUUUAUCUGAGUCUGUUCAUAUCUAUCUAUCUAUCUAUCUAUCGUUUGUUUUUGAAUUUUUCUAUCUAUCUAGAGUCGCACAGAAAACAGAUUUUCCUCUUAUUUCUCUCUUCUCUCUCUCUCCCUCUCUCUCUCUCUCUCGCUGUUACUAAUCACUUAGCUCUCUUUCUUUCUCCUGAAAAUAGUUGCAAUGCUGUGCAAGUGGCAUUUGGCAUGGGAAUUUAUAAUAUGCGCCAAUUUAACGUGUUAGAAAAAUCUAUCUAUCUAUCUAUCUAUCUGUUCUCAUUCUUUCAUAUCUUUCUAUCUAUCUGUCUAUCUAUCUAUUCUCAGCCUGUUCAUGAUCUAUCUAUCUAUAUAUCUAUCUAUCUAUUUUCUUGGACUAAACGCAAUAAACAUCAACAUUGGUAA